AUGUUUGUCUCUUCUCUUCUGCAAUUGUCAAAAUCAGGUGCACACCUUGUUCAAGACAGAUAUGCUUCCAUUAAAGGGUUUAAGGACAAUGACAUGGAUGCUACUGGUAAAGGGUUUAAGGAUAAUAAGAUGGGAAAUGGUUCCAAAAGAAAUGAUGAAAGUGAUGUCCGCUCAGAAAUAAACCGAGUUAUUGAACAAUCUGUGAAGCCAAAAGAACUUGACAAGGAUAUUUUGGAAGAUCCGGUGUGGAGCCUGGAUUCACCUCCAGGAUGUCUUGAAAGAGCAGCUUAUUUCUCGAGUGAGCAGAGAGGAAGAUAUUUGCCUGAGGUUCGAAGAAAGAAUGAUGAAGCUCACCAAAAGCAUCGAGGCAAGGCUUCAAAUGGUCUAGCUGAGCAUCAACUUCAAAAACUUACUGAUAACACUAACCAUUAUGCCUUGCCACCCGGCACGAAAAUCUGUGCUCUUACAUCUUCACUACCAUGA